ACAGGCAGCGACACAGAAGAGAGGCACCGCCUUGACUGACUGCUGUCGCUUUUAUGUCUUUUAUGGCCAAAAUAAUAAUAAUGAUACUAAUAAUAAGAUCGUUCACGGGUCUUUUGAGGACGAGUCUCGAGUCAAAGUGUUUGCGACUUAACAGUUUCCUCUAAAUAAAAUGGGAGGAGGUUUAAACAGGAGGAAUACUGAAAGUGAAACUUUAAGGUCAGUUUGUCCCAGACUCCAUUUUAAACUCGAUGGAGCAGUCAGAGGAAUACAGGUCGUCUGAGUCAGGUUUCACUGGUUUACCUCUCAGAUUUGAGAAGAUGAGUGAUUUGGAGGAAGAGGGGGACAGAUCAGAGUCGCCUGUAUCAAGCUGUCUGUCUUUGAAGAGUAACCUAAGUAAAUUUGCACCUCCAGACUUCAGUAAUGAACCUGGACCCUCAGACACAAAACAGAGAUCAGAGUCUCCAGUGUCCAGCUGUCUGUCUUUGAAGAGUAACCUAAGUAAAUUUGUACCUCCAGACUUCAGUAAUGAACCUGGACCCUCAGACACAAAACAGAGAUCAGAGUCUCCAGUGUCCAGCUGUCUGUCUUUGAAGAGUGACCUAAGUAAAUUUGUACCUCCAGACUUCAGUAAUGAACCUGGACCCUCAGACACAAAAGGUGGCAGGACGAGGUCUAAAGAAUGUGCUCAUCUCCACAGAGAGAAGAAGAAGAGGAGCCGUGUUUCUGUGGAGGAGCAGCCGUCCUGCUGUGCUUUGUGUCAGGACGUCCUGAAGGAUCCAGUCUCUACCAGCUGUGGACACUGGUUCUGCAGACAAUGCAUCACGUCAUACUGGGACCAGUCUGCUUCAUCAGGAGACGACUCCUGUCCUCAGUGUGAACACAGAUCCAGAACAACAGCUGGACUGCAGACAGCCAGUCAGACCAUCACUGUACAAACAGGUAGUGGUCUGCAGGAGGUUUUAGAUGAACAUAAGAUGAGUCUGAGGAGGAGAUGUGAACAUGUGACUGAAGGAAGUGAUGAAACAGGAAGAGAAACCCUCCUCAACAGGAUCUACACUGAGCUCUACAUCACAGAGGGACAGAGUGAAGAGGUUAAUACCCAACAUGAGGUGACACAGCUUGAGAGAGCUUCCAAGAAGAAGAUCCUCCAUGACACUCCAAUCAAGUGCCAUGAAAUCUUUAAAGCUUUACCUGACCAACAGAAACACAUCAGAGUCGUUCUGACAAAUGGCGUCGCUGGCAUUGGAAAAACCUUCUCGGUGCACAAGUUCACUCUGGACUGGGCAGAGGGUUUGGAAAACCAAGAUGUCAGUCUGGUGAUUCUGCUUUCGUUCAGGGAGCUGAACUUGAUCAAAGAUGAGCAGUACAGUCUUCUCACUCUGCUCCAUGUUUUCCAUCCAACAUUACAGAAGGUCACAGCAGAGGAGCUCGCUGUCUGUAAAGUUCUGUUCAUCUUUGACGGCCUGGAUGAAAGCAGACUGGCACUGGAUUUCCACAACAAUGAGGUUGUGACUGAUGUCACACAGAAGUCAUCAGUCAACAUGCUGCUGACAAACCUCAUCAAGGGGAAUCUGCUUCCCUUGGCUCUCAUCUGGAUAACUUCCCGACCUGCAGCAGCCAAUCAGAUCCCUCCUGCAUGUGUUGACAGGGUAACAGAAGUACAAGGCUUCACUGACGCCCAGAAGGAGGAGUACUUCAGGAGGAGAGUCAGUGAUGAAGAGCUGUCCAGCAGAAUGAUCUCCCACAUCAAGACAUCCAGGAGCCUCCACAUCAUGUGUCUAAUCCCAGUCUUCUGCUGGAUCACUGCUACAGUUCUGGAUCACAUGUUGACUACAGAGCAGAGAGGAGAGCUGCCCAAGACCCUGACUGACCUGUACUCACACUUCCUGCUGGUUCAGACAAAGAGGAAGAAGCAGAAGUAUGAUGAGGGACAUGAGACGAGUCCACAGGAGCUGACAGAGGCUGACAGGGAAGUUCUUCUGAAGCUGGGGAGGCUGGCAUUUGAACAUCUGGAGAAAGGAAGCAUCAUGUUCUACCAAGAAGACCUGGAGCGCUGUGGUCUUGGUGUCACAGAGGCCUCGGUGUUCUCAGGAGUUUGUACAGAGAUCUUCAAAAGAGAGUGUGUGAUCUUCCAGAAAACAGUCUACUGCUUCACUCAUCUGAGCAUUCAAGAGUUCCUGGCUUCAGUCUACAUGUUCCACUGUUUCACCAACGGGAAGACCGAGGUACUGGAGGACUUCCUGGGGAAAGACCAGGAUAAUGACAGAUACCUGGUGCAUUUCCUGGGGAAAGGCGAGGAUAAAUACAGAUCCCUGGAUGUCUUCCUGAAGAAAGCCAUGGAGAAAUCCCUCCAAAGUGAAAAUGGUCACCUGGACCUGUUUGUCCGCUUCCUUCAUGGCCUUUCUCUGGAGUCCAACCAGAGACUAUUGGGAGACCUGCUGGGUCGUACAGACAACAGUCCAGAAAUCAUCCAGGGAGCCAUCAACAACCUGAAGAAGAUGAACAUGUACAGUAUCUCUCCUGACAGAAGCAUCAACAUUUUCCACUGUCUGCUGGAGAUGAACGACCUCUCAGUGCAUCAGGAGAUCCAAGAGUUCCUGAAGUCAGAAAACAGGUCAGAGAAGAAACUCUCUGAGACCCACUGCUCAGCUCUGGCCUACAUGCUGCAGAUGUCAGAGGAGGUUCUGGAUGAGUUGGACCUGAAGAAGUACAACACAUCGUGGGAGGGACGACGGAGACUGAUUCCAGCUGUGAGGAACUGCAGAAAGGCUCUACUUUCUGGCUGUGGACUUGAUGAGACUCACUGUGAAGUUGUGGCCUCAGCUCUGAAGUCCAACCCCUCCCAUCUGAGAGAGCUGCAGCUGGGUCACAGUGACCUGCAGGAUUCAGGAGUGAAGCAGCUGUGUGAUGGACUGGAGAGUCCAAACUGUAGACUGGAGACUCUGAGGUUGAGUUCCUGCAGUUUGUCAGAGAUCAGCUGUGGCUAUCUGGCCUCAGCUCUGCAGUCCAACCCCUUCCAUCUGAGAGAGCUGCAGCUGAGUCACAAUGAGCUACAGGAUUCAGGAGUGAAGCUGCUGUGUGAAUUUCUGGAGAGUCCACACUGUAGACUGGAAACUCUGAGAUUUAUCUCCUGCAAUUUGUCAGAGAUCAGCAGUGUUUACCUGGGCUCAGCUCUAAAGUCCAACGUCUCCCAUCUGAGAGACCUGCAGUUCAGUGGAAAUGACCUGCAGGAUUCAGGAGUGAAGCUGCUGUGUGAUUUUCUUGAGAGUCCACACUGCAGACUGGAGACUCUGAAAUUGAGGUACUGCAGUUUGUCAGAGAUCAGCCUUGUUUCUCUGGCAUCAGCUCUGAAGACCAACCCCUCCCAUCUGAGAGAGCUGGAUCUGAGCUACAACAACCUGCAGGAUUCAGGAUUGAAGCUGCUAUGUGAUUUCCUGGAAAGUCCACACUGUAGGCUGGAGACUCUGAGACUGACUUGGUGCAGUUUGUCAGAGGCCAGCUGUAUUUCUCUGGCCUCAGCUCUGAAGUCCAACCCCUCCCAUCUGAGAGAGCUGGAGCUGAGUGACAACAACCUACAGGAUUCAGGAGUGAAGCUGCUCUCUGAUCUUUUGGCGAGUCCACACUGUAGACUCGAGACUCUGAGCUGGAGGUGAACUCUGCCAGAGUGAGUGAUCUAAAAGGUGGAUGUGUUGAGAGAGAUGAUCCAGAGAGGUUGAAGCAUGUUACUGCGAGGUAGAGUGGAGAGACUCCAGAUUUUGUAGAUAGAUAUGCUGAAUCUGAUCCUGCAAAUUUCUACUGUUUAUGACAACAAACAUGUAAAUGGACAGUCAUUUAAACUGCACUCAGGCUGCUCUGAUUACAGUCAACUAGUGUAAAGUCUGUGAUUAUCUCUGUAUUGUUUUGUGUUGCACCUCCACACUGUGGAAUGAUGGAGAACUGCUGUUCAUGUUCAUAUGAUCCUGUAUGUUGGAGGUUGAUGUCAGAAAGCAGAAGUCUGCAACUACGUUUAAUCAUUUUUAUCACUGAUAGAUGAUAUUUCUGUAACACGUUCUUUUUUCUUCUGCAUAUUUAUGUUCCUAUUUUAUGUGAAUCAUUAUAUUCUGUAGCAGAGUGCAUUAUUUACAGAAACCAAUGUGUUGACACAAUAAAUAAAUGAGAAGGGGCACAAAUAAUUUCUGAGAGCUCCCACCUACAUGAAACUGUCAGCGAAAUAUUUUUGUUCUGUAAUCAACAAAAAUGAUUAAAAACAAUGUUG